AUGGCCGUACCUUCGAGAGAUCGAAUCAACGUCGACAGCGUCCGGAAAGCCACCAACGCCCUCCUCAAGUGGAAGAAGAAGUCACUCCUCUCCCACGACGCUAUUGAAGAAGAAGCCGACGAUUUCAUCUACCUCUCCGUAACCCUAAAAAAAGUCCCGCCGCGCAACCUCUCCGUCACUCCGCACCGAAUCCUCCUCCGCCGCCCGCUUCUGUCUCAGGACUUGUCCACCUUGAACAUCUGCCUCAUCGUCGACGGAAAGAGAAUCACCGCCGAAUCGGCGCAGAAGAUUCUGCAAGCUCAGGGAAUCCCCUACAUCAAAAAGGUUUUCAAGCUGUCGAAAUUGAAGUCGGAUUUCAAUUCGUUCGAAUCGAAGAAGAAACUUCACGAUUCGUUCGAUGUGUUUCUGGCGGACAAGAGCGUGGAGGCUGUGCUGCCUAAGGUGUUGGGGAGGGUGUUCUACAAGAAGAGGAAGAAGAUUCCGGUGGCGGUGGAGCUGGGCGGGGAUUGGAAGGAGGAGUUAGAGAGGGCGUGUAGGACGAGUUUGUGGUGCUUGAGCGGUGGGACUUGCAGCGCCGUGCGAGUGGGGAGAUUGGGGGCCAUGGAGGCUCAAGAGAUUGUGGAGAAUGUGUAUGAUGCUGUUGAUGGUGUGGUUGAGAUUGUUCCGAGAAAAUGGAGUGGCAUUAGGUGCUUGCAUUUGAAGUUUUCGGAUUCAUUGGCAUUGCCCAUUUAUGAGGAUGAGAUACAAGAUGGUAGCUUGCUGGGGCUCAAGAGGAAGAGAAUUUUAGGGAAGUAG